AGAUUACCUCCCAGUGCAUUCUACGAUUGCAUUGUGAUUAGGUCUCACCGAAAUGACGUUAGUUAGGUUUCUGAGCCUUUUAAUUUUUGCUGCCGUUUGCAGUUCGCAAAAUGCAAACGUAGCCCAAAAAAUUGACGAUUAUCGUAAGCAGUGCGUCGAACUCAGCGACGUCAGCGUGGAGUCGGCCAUCAAGGUGCACGCUGGACAAGUUAUUGAUAAUCCAGACUGGUCUACAAAGCGCUAUGUGCAGUGUUUCUUCCAGAAGAUGCAGUUUAUGGAUGAAAAUGGAGCGAUGUUGAAAGAUGCCGUGGUUGAGUUUUUCAGUGGAAUACAAGGCGAAAACACGGCCAAGGCCAUGGUGAAAAACUGUGAUAUUCAGAAGCAGGACCCACUGGAUACGGCCUACGAGGUUUUGGUGUGCUAUCAGCGAAACAAGAGUGGAUGAAACACCAAAUAAUAUACAUAGUUAAGAGGUUGAACUUUCGUUUUGAAAAUAUGCUCUCAUUUGAUGGAAAUAUAGACCGAAAUAUUUAGUAGUUUCAAAAACGUGGGUUCUUCCAGAGACGACCAGUUAAAAAGAACCUAGCUGACGACUCGGUAUUAUAAUGAUAUGUAUUUAAUUUAGUAUCAUCACCAAUCUUCUGAAAGGCAAGCAUGUUUAUGAAGAUGCACAAAUUAGUGUUUAAGAAACUUUCAGUGCUCUUCAUACUUAACGGAUCACAAGAAAACGCGCCCGAAAUAAUGCGCGAAUAUCGUAUAUCGUUCUUUAUCUUGUAUCUACUUCCAGGUUUUGUUUUUCACGGAAUUAAUUAAUUUAACGAUUAACCUGAACUUUAACAGCUUUUGAAAUACCGCAUAAAUAUUCUUCUUUUUUUUGUGAUUUUUUCGUGGGGUAAACUCAUUGUUUCAUUGGCGCUAAAAGUCCUAAUCGACUAAAACCAAAUAGUGUAAAAUAAAACCUGUAUGCAUUCGAUAAAGCAUUCUUAUGUCCACCUUCAGUCAAUAUCUUUAUGCCAUCUCUAUUAGGGCUCUGUUUUUUUAAUUUCCUUUUUCUUAAUUUUUCUUUUGCGGUUUUUGUCCCUUUUUCGCUUCAUUUAAUAUUAGUACAGCCAAGGAAAAAAACGGAAACAUUCAAUGCAUAUUUUAUUCCUGCUAAGUACUUUCUAUAGGAUGUUGAUCUCAAAGUUUAGAUUGCGUUUCUUUCAACAAUUUUCGUAACACAUUGUUCUUUAAUACAAAUAAAAAUUCCGUAACAAAUUGUUCUUUAAUACAAAUAUAAUCGAAAUGCGUUACAUAAACCUCAUCAA